AUUUAGCAUUUUGUAAAAUGCUAAACAGAAAAACAACUGCGUAGCUUUUCCUAAGUUUCGGAUAUGUUCAUUAGAAGACAGACCAGCUAUGUGAAUUUUACUGAAGACAACUGUCCGAUUUCAUGGGAUUGCAUGGAACUGAUCUUUCCCGAGGGCAACACCUAAAAUAACUGUUACUUGUGUUCACAUUUAUUUUUUGUCUUCGGACAACUCGCUCAAUAACAUAAGCUAGCUCAACAAAAUUCUUUUACUUGUCAUGCCUGUGAGUGCAUCAAGUUGUGCUGUAGAGAAUAACAACAUGAUUAUUUUGGCUCUCCCGCUGGAAAUCGUGUCGUAUAUUUUCAGAUUUCUGCCAGCUUCGGAUUUAAAAUGUGCAGCUCUUGUUUGUUGUCAGUGGUCUAAAGCUUCGCAGGAUCCCAUCUUGUGGAGAAACGUUUCUGUCAGUCUUGGAACACGACGAGAAAGGUUUUCCCAUCUGUUAGUGGACAGCCUUCAGAGACGCUGUAUCCAGCAUCUGAGAUUCAAGCAUAUGACAACUGCUGCUCAAAUUCUUCAAGUUUGUAAGCAAGUUGGAUCAAAUCUUAGAGAGUUGUCUCUGCAAGGCUGCAGAUGCGUCAAUGAUAACUUACUCGAGAUACUAAAUAAAUACUGUCCUAACCUUGUACGUGUAGACUUGAGCCGAUGUAGGCAGCUCGACGUGGGAAAGAAUGUGAUUUGGUUGGACAAGUGUGCAAAUGUUUGGAGACAUUUGACUGUCUUGGAUUUGAACGCUUGUAAAGACGUAUCCGAUGUGUUUGUUUCAAAAGUAGCUGAUUUGUUGCCCAAUGUCGUGGAUUUUAGUAUUUCUGGCUGCAAGGGCAUUGGAAUUUCAACAUGGCAUAAGAUGGCAAAGAAGUUGUCAUCUCUGAAACACCUUGACAUCAGUCGAUCUGAUAUUACGGAUGAAGUGAUGCUUAAAUUUUCUCAGAUACCUGAACUAAAACUUAUAGGGAUAAAUCUAACAGCUUGCAAACAUUUGACUGAUAAUGGCAUAGUAUCACUGGUGAAAUACCAGAUGUCACUUGAGGUCCUAAAACUUGCUUGUGUGGAUAUUACAAAUACCACAUUAAUCUGCAUUGGCAAAUACUUGCACUGUCUAAAGGUGCUGGACUUAAAUAGUUGCAGACAACUCACAGAUGGGGCAUUAUUGACUGUCAAUGCACUUUUAAUCAACUUACACUCACUGAACUUCUAUUCAUGCUACCAGCUGUCUAACAGUGGCCUGGGAAAGUUCUUAUGCUGGACACAGGGUACAAAUCACAAUGUCCCUUUAAAAGUCCUUGUACUAAAUGGUUGCAGCACUCUGUCUGAUGAGUUAGUGUUGCGAUUUUCUACAGUCCUGAUCAAUCUUCAAGAACUUGAUCUGAGCUCAUGUCUUCAUGUAACUGACAUUGGAUUGUCUGCCAUCACUAGCUCACUUAUUAAACUGCAAUCACUUCGGCUCAGUUGGUGUAUAAACAUCACUGAUAAUGGUUUGAUUGGCUUUGUUCCCUCUGAGCAAAACCUUGCUGAUGUCUGCCAUAACAAGGAUAAAUGUUCCCAUGCAGAAAAAUUUAAAAAGGAAGGAGGGACCGCACAAAGUAAGGUACCAAAAGGAAUAAAGAACCUAGAACAACUGAAACUUUUGGACAUUAGUCACUGUACAUGCAUCACAGAUGGAGGCUUAAGAAGCAUUUGUCAGCUAAGGAACUUAACCACGCUGAAUAUAAACAUGUGUACACAGAUUACAGACAGUGGACUAGCUGAUGUUGCUGAAAAUCUCCACACUCUAGAACAGCUGACAUUCAGUGGAUGUACAUCAGUAACUGACAUGGGUGUUUCCUUGGUUGCAAUUCACCUACAGAGGCUGGUAGCUCUAGAUGCAUCUAAAUGUGACAACAUCACUGAUAAGAGCGUCAUGGACUUAGCAAUACAUGGCCGUAAUUUAACCCACCUAGAUCUGAGCAUGUGCAGUCAGAUUACAACAAAGGCUGUUGAUCAGUUGGAAGAGCAUAUUCCAGGUCUUGUCUCACUACAGUUGAGAUAUUCUGGGGCAAGACUUUGCACUAAGGUGUAUGCCCUAUAGAGAUUCCAGAGUAUGUAUUUUGCUAUGAUGAUAGGUGUACAUAGUAGAGUAAGGGUGACAAACUGUACAACAAUGCUUGCCAGUUCUCCAGUAGGUUGAACAAUAUAUUGCUUGCAACUGCUAGUGAUUUGUAAAUACAAAAUGGAUUUUCUGGUUUGGAUCAAUAGAAACUAUUUACAAGCUUUAUAAACCCCCCUUUUCAAAUUGAGGCUAAUUGCAAGUCUUUGUAAUAAAAAUGAGCUGUAUUUGCCUGCCAAUAAAAAAAUGACUUCCAUCAAAAAAAAUCUGCACUUGAUCACCCUUUUUACCAGGAGAUUAUGAAUCUUUAAAAUGGGUCAUUAUUUUAAAGUUGCAUGUUAAAUCUGUAGCUUUCUGGUGGUACUCAUACAUAGAAUGCAAUAAGAAACAGAGUCAAUUUUCCAGACCUUUAUUUAGCUUCUCUUGAAUUAGUAUCAGUCAUUUAAUCUUUUUAGCCCUGAAUCUCUUAAAAGGUGUUUGCUGUGUUAUGAAUAUUGUUCAGAUAUUUGGUUAACACAUAUACUGUCACACGUAUUUAAUCAUCUUUAAUAAUAAAAAAAAAUUCCCAGUCAUUAGCAAUCUCUUUUAGCACUAUUCAUCCGUGUGGUAUAUAGUAAUAUAUAAACAAUAGAAUCUGUUUGAUGUGAAAAUAUGCAGAUAUUUU